UGCACAGUUCAAUAGAAUUCAUUCGAUAAGCAUCAAUCAAACUCUGAAGUUUCAACUUGUCUCUGCUUUAUGUCAAUGGCCUCUCAUCGAUUAUAUUCUAAUCAUCACCUCUUUACAGACUGAAAUUCACGCUCCAUGGAAGCUCGUCGAGGUUGGCGCGCCGUCCCUAAGGUUCGUCAGGUCGGAUUUUUUACUCCCAACGAACCUCUGCCGCCGACACGGAGUCAGUCUGGCCCGCCGGACUCUAACUCGCCACAGCUGGCCAAUUCUCCUGCUAGUAACUCCUUAUCUCCUGUCAUGAUUCCCCCUCCACGUCACAUGUCCGAUAAUCUUGCUCACCGUGCCACCUCGCCUCUUCCUGUUCCUGAGGCACCUGCCUUCCGCCGAAGUAUUACCGGUGGAGACCACGUGACGUUGGUUGGAAGCUAUAACCCAACUGAGUCGCUGCUUGGUCAAUCUCCGCCGUCAGCUAGAAUCGUUGAUGGAGAAUUCUCAGAGGAAUCAUCUCCUGGUUGGCUUCGCAGGAGCAAUUCUGCUAAAUUCGCUUCUAGUUUUCCUAGCGGUGGCUUCGAUUUGACAUCUCUUAAGUCAUCUGAGAAUUUGGAAGUCCAAGAGAAAAAGCCUGUUGGAGGGCCUGAAAAAGGUGGAGGGGUUGUAGAGCUGCAAAAUGAAUUGCAACCAAGUUCCAAGCCGUUGAAAGCAAAAACUACAAGGGCUGAAAGACGAGCAUUGCAGGAGUCCCAACGAGCUGCAAAAGCUGCUGCAAAAGCCACAGGAGAAGCAGUUGGAAAACCUGCUAUUCUAUCGGAGGGAGCAGCUGCCAGUAAACCUGCAAAGCAACAGCCAUCACAAAAGAAAGAUGUUACUCCUCCAGCUGCAUCAUCAAUUGCUGCUUCUGACAGAAAAGGAGUUGAUCGUCCACCUGAGAAAGAGAGGAGGAGAGAAGUCCCUGCACCACGCAUGCAAUUUGAUGAUAGAACUCGAGUGGAAAAGGCUAAAAAGCGUGCAGUAGUCAAUCAAACUGAAGCUAGGAAUAGAGUUGAGUUGUUCCGGCACUUACCGCAGUAUGAACAUGGAACUCAGCUUCCUGAUCUUGAGUCAAAAAUCUUUCAACUUGAUCCAAUGCAUCCUGCCAUUUACAAGGCCGGCUUGAAGUAUUUGGCAGGAGAUAUCAUUGGAGGUAAUGCCCGUUGUAUUGCGAUGCUACAGGCAUUUCAGGAAGUCAUUAAAGACUACUCCACACCACCAGAAAAAUCUCUUACCAGGGAUUUAACUGCAAAACUUGGUAGUUACAUUUCCUUUUUGAUUGAAUGCCGACCGCUUUCAAUGAGUAUGGGAAACGCGAUUAGGUUUCUUAAAAGUCGUAUUGCGAAGUUACCUUUAACUUUUUCGGAGUCAGAAGCAAAAGCGUCCCUCCGUUCAGAUAUUGAUCGUUUCAUAAAUGAGAAGAUAGUACUUGCUGACAAGGUGAUAGUUAGACAUGCUGCUUCAAAGAUCAGGGAUGGGGAUGUCCUUCUCACAUAUGGAUCAUCAUGUGUUGUUGAGAUGAUUCUGUUAUAUGCACAUGAGCUUGGGAAACAGUUCCGGGUUGUGAUAGUGGAUUCACGUCCUAAGCUUGAAGGCCGAGCGUUACUUCGCACGCUGGUGGCAAAGGGCCUGAAUUGUACAUAUACUCACAUAAAUGCUGUUUCUUAUAUCAUGCAUGAAGUCACCAGAGUUUUUCUGGGGGCUUCCUCUGUAUUGUCCAAUGGAACUGUAUAUUCAAGGGUUGGAACUGCAUGUGUUGCUAUGGUUGCUCAUGCAUUCCAUGUUCCAGUGUUAAUAUGCUGUGAAGCAUAUAAAUUUCAUGAAAGGGUUCAACUUGAUUCAAUUUGUUCAAAUGAACUAGGUGAUCCAAAUGCUAUUGCAAAGGUUUCUGGAAGAACGGAUGUAAAUUACCUUGAUACUCUGGCCAAUAAAGAAAAUCUUCAGCUUUUAAACUUGAUGUAUGAUGCCACUCCUUCAGAAUAUAUCUCUAUGAUUGUCACCGAUUAUGGCAUGAUCCCUCCUACGAGUGUGCCAGUUAUUGUUCGUGAGUACGGGAGAGAGCACUUGUGGAUAUAGUUCAACAAGAAUGAAUGUAUUACUGGGCAAAUUGGGCUCUCCAUGUUCAGUUUCAGUUAUAAACUCCAGCUCAAUUUCCAGGAAUUGCAUUCAUUAGCAUGAGAUUUUUACAAGCUCUUAGUUCUGAUAUUCUCCGGUUAAUUCUUUCUAUGCCUUUGUCAAGCUUAUAUUCAAUUUUCUUAGAGUAUAAUACAGAAUGAGGAAAUUGUGGCCUCUCCUUCGGGCAUCGGAGGUUGGUAAUCUUGUCAAGCUUAUAUUUAUUUAUUUAGGCCACGUUUAUUUGUGCUGAAUUUUGAAUGUUGUAUCUGAAUUAAUAGCUAAGACGAUUAAGAAGUGAUAUCAAGAGUUGAUUGUUGAAUAAUUAAUAAGUGAUAUAUUUUAUCAUUUUUAAUUAUAGAGGUAA